GAACACAUCUAGUGAAAUGAUAUGUAUUUGUUAUCUAAAACAAUCUAAUGCAGUUAUGAACAAACAAACAUGAUCAUAACUGUAAAUAUGACUAAAUAAUUAUCUAUAACAACGCAAGUUGUCAACAAACUGGUUUUAUUUGAAACUACAUUUGUAGUGUUGUGAUAUCCGGUGUCGGUGUUGUUAGGUCAACAAAUCUCACAAAAUCAUGCAAAAUGAGGAGAAAGUCUGAAGUUUGCCCCGUUUCAAACCCUAAAAUCUACUUGUGCAUUGGCUUGUUAUCAUUGUCAACGUUAUGUGACGGGAAUGUGUUCUUAUUCAAGAGGGGCUGGGGACUAUAUGAUAAGAAAUAUGGGUCAUUUCCAGAGAAAGAAAGGCUCAAAAUGAAGGAUCUUGCCCGCAAUAUGUUUCACUUUGGUUAUGACAACUACAUGAAACAUGCCUUUCCUCAGGACGAAUUGAACCCAAUUUACUGCUCUGGCAGGGGCCCAGAUCAUGCUAAUCCAUCCAACAUCAACAUCAAUGAUGUCCUUGGUGACUAUGCACUCACUCUCAUUGAUUCACUGGACACAUUAGCAAUAAUGGGCAAUGGUACUGAAUUCAAGAGAGCUGUCCAACUUGUGAUAGACCAUGUCUCCUUUGAUAAGUCAAACACAGUUCAAGUAUUUGAGGCUACAAUACGGGUUCUUGGUGCCUUACUCUCGGCUCACCUCAUCAUCACAGAUUCCCAGCAGCCAUUUGGCGACAUGGUGCCCGAGGACUACGACAAUGAACUGCUGAGUUUAGCUCAUGACCUUGCUGUUAGGCUGAUGCCAGCAUUUGAAAAUACUGCCACGGGAAUUCCAUUCCCUAGGGUGAAUUUAAAGUGGGGUGUACCAUUGGACUGCCUUAACGAGACUUGUACCGCUGGUGCUGGGACACUUAUGCUGGAGUUUGGUCUACUAAGCUUCUUAUUGAAUGACCCAACCUAUGCUUCAAUGGCCAAGAGAGCACUCGAGGCGGUCUGGAAGUUCAAGUCAAAUGUAACUGGACUUGUUGGUAACGUGAUAAAUAUCCAGACAGGACAGUGGGUGGGACAGAUGAGUGGGCUUGGAGCUGGGCUCGAUUCCUUCUAUGAAUAUAUGCUGAAGGCAUACAUUAUGUUUGGUGAUGAAUCAUUCCUUAAAAAGUUCAAUGAAUCUUACGAAUCCAUCAAGUACCAUCUUCGUCGUGGGCGGAUUCAUUGUAACCAGGGGAUGGGUCAUCCUCCAAUCUAUGUUAAUGUCCACAUGAUGAAUGGAGAAACAGCCAACAACUGGAUCGAUGCGCUACAGGCUGCUUGGCCAGCAGUGCAGGUUUUAAAUGGAGAUGUAGAAGAGGCUAUCUGUACUCAUGCACUUUACUACACAAUAUGGAAGAAAUACGGGGCACUUCCAGAAAGAUUCAAUUGGCAUUUAAAGGCACCAGAUGUUUCAUUUUAUCCAUUGAGGCCAGAGCUGGUGGAAUCAACAUAUCUUUUGUACCAAGCCACUAAGAAUCCAUUCUAUUUACAUGUGGGGAAGGACAUCUUGUUUAGUCUUGAGAAACAUGCUAGGGCAAUAUGUGGCUAUGCAACUAUUCAUGAUGUUGCGAAGAAAGACCAUGAAGACAGAAUGGAGAGCUUCUUUCUGAGUGAAACUGUGAAAUAUCUCUACUUGUUAUUUGAUCAAGACAAUUUUCUCAACAAGAACGAAAUGAAAUAUAUAUUCACCACAGAGGGCCAUAUCCUUCCCAUGAAUCCUCAGCUCCGCGAUUCGGGAUCUUACCGGUACAAUUCGACGAAAAAGCGUGGCAAGUCCAAGGCAGGCUCUAGUAGAAUUCGACAUGCUUAUAGCAAUCAGAAAGGAACAUGUCCAAAUACAUUACCGUUCAGGGAUCCGGAGGAAAAAUAUAGAACAGGAAAAUGUGAUAAACUCCUGAAAGACAAAGAGUUUUUCCUGCCCUUGAAGAGCCAAUACCUGGAGCAGAUGGCAGCCAUUGUAGGUUACGUGGAGAACAGCUGACCAAGGCCAAUGAUCAAUACAAACGUCUUCCAAACAAUACCAAAGUCUUUCGUAUUGAAAGAGAGCAAUAUUCAUAGUGCCAGUUUAGAUAACAUUCUUAUUGUUUGAGAUCAAAGUGAUUUGACAUAGUGUUAUAGUGAACUUGGUGGUGCUCGAUAGAGUUGAAGUCGGUGCUGGUGGAGAGGGCGCGCUUUGACUGAGGACUGAAGUUCAGAUGAUCUGGGGUUGGGGGUUAUUGGAACUGUCAUGACUACAGUUUGAAUGCAACUUACCAAAUAUACACAAACUGACCACUUUACUUUGCUCAGAUAAAGGUUGUGCCGUUGUCUGUGAUAAUAACACAUAUGUACAUAAAAUCUUCCAAACUUUGUAACUUGAAAUGAAUCACAUGCAAAUAUUUAUCUUAUUGAUGUUGUUGUUGUGAUUAUUCACUAAUGAUUGCACUCUGUAUGAACUUGUCAUCAAGAUUGACUGUACUACAGGGAAGAGUAUUGUCAUGACUGUACAUAACAUUGUAUACAUCAAAAGUCUAUUAAAGGUGCAUGGAUAAAUCAUUCUAUUUUGUGUGAAGGAUGUUUUAUACUACAUGUAGAAGCAUGAGAGAAUCACAGAUCACUAUCAUUGUUUCUGUUGACCAAAUAAAGGUUAAUGAUAUUGUUAA